GGCGGACUUUCAUAAACAAUGUCGAAUAAAGUGGAUAAACUGCAUAAACAGGCUUUGCGGGAGCAACAGAAGCGGAUCAAACCCGGAGAAUGCAUGAAAUAUGUGCGUCUGGUUAUAGAUGCAGGAUUUAUGGGCAUUCCCGUGGGUCAGGAGAUGCUACAGCAACUGAAUUCCACGGAUUUAAAGUAUGAAAUCAAGAGUUUACCCGUGAGCCACUGCAUCCUGUGGGAACGCAAUGUGGGCCAGCAGACUAUUGCACAGACAGGCCUGGAUGAAGCCUGGCAACGGGAGAAUCAAGUGGUCCAAUGGCUAUCCGAAUCCAGUUUCCAAAAGGCUGUUAAGGAUCAGAGUCUUGUUUGCCUGGGACCCAGGUUACAGGACUCCUUUCCGGACUGCCAGUACACCAUAGCAUUACCAAAAAUUCGUCAUAGCAAGCAAGGCAGUUCAGCAAACCAGGAUGCUUUGAUAGAGAUGCAAUUGCUGCAGGAACUGCACGUAGAGCAGCUGAAUAAACCCGAAAGCCAGGAGCUCUUGGCCCUUCUCCAGCGUUAUACCAAAGCUAUAGCUGAAGCUCCCUAUAAAAAGCAGCGCAACGAAACGCUAGGUGGUUUCAAAAAAUACCUGGCCAACGACAAGAAGCAGUGCGUCAAAGUGGAUCAGGGAAAUGGGUUUGGACGUCUGUGGCAGCAGCAUCUGAAUCGUUUACCCAUGGUCACCCUGGAGGUGGCCGAAUCGAUUAUAGCCCAGUAUCCCUGUCCCAAGAAACUCAUUGAUCACUUCGCCAGUGAUCCCACGGCUGUGCAAACUCUCGCCGAUAUGAAGAUCAAGCGUUGCAAUGGACCUCAACCUCUUCACACCGAAAGACGCAUCGGAAAUGUGCUCAGUAAUAAGCUGUAUACCUUGUACAAUUCUAAGGAUCCCAACACUCUGAUCUAGACCUCGAAACUACUAUCUUCUAGAUAAAAACAUAUCACUCUCUUAGCUUUAGAAUCUGCUCAUAUAU